AUGCCCUCGCCCGGCGGUCGCGUGGCCACCUAUCUCCACCGCGCGCGCCUCAUCGACUCGUUGCGCCUCCGCCUGCGCACCCCGUCCUCCUCCUUCUCCCCGCCGCCGCCGCCGCCGGACGACCCCGUGGUCGCGCUCCACGGCAUCCGUGCCGCGCCCACGCCGGCGUCGGCGCUCGCCUUCUUCCGCACCCUCCCCUCGCCGGCGCCGCUCCCGCUAUUCCAGGCUCUCGCCUCCCGCCUCGCCAACCCCGCGUCCCUCCCCGACCUCCACUCCCUCCUCGCCUCCUUCCCCCUGCCCCCUCCCCCGCUCACGCGCCUCCGCCUGCUCGCCGCCGCGGGUGACCACCCCGCCGCCCUCGCCGCCUUCGCCUCUGUCCCGGCCGCCCCGCACCGCCCCGCGGAGGCGCACAACCUCGUCAUCCACCUCCACGCCGCCGCCGGGGACCACACCGCCGCCGUCGACGCGUUCGGCGCCAUGGUCCGCGAGGGCGCGCUCCCCAACGGGCGCACCUACACCGUCGUUGUCGACCACCUCGCCCGCGCGGGGUUCGUCGACCAGGCGCUCGAGGUGUUCCGGCUCCUGCCGUCGCUGCGCGCGCCGCGCACCACCCGGCAGUACAACGUGCUCGCCGAGGCGCUCGCCGGUGCCGGCAGGUUCGACCAGCUCCGGUGGCUGGUCCGCGAGAUUGUCGCCGUCGACGGCAUCUUGCCCGGACAGCAGACGCGUGCGGCCAUCGCGGCCAUGAGGGAGGCGGGCCACGUGGAGGGCACGGAGGACUUCGUGGAGGAGCUCUCGCCGGACGCGAGGAUCCCCUUCGCCGUUGGUGACGCUGAGGCUGAGGGAGACAGCGAUGAGGAGGAGGAGGAGGAUGGUGAGAAGAAGAUGAGCAGAGCUAAGGAGACGGCGCUCAAGCCAUGGCUGGACCCGCGCGAGCUGGCGAGGGCGCUAGAUGGCUGGGACCCCGAGGAGGUGGCCGAGCUGGAGGCCGCUGGGAUCGUCUGGACCCCGCGGCUGGUGUGCAAGCUCCUGCGCGCGUUCAGGAAGCCGGCGACGGCGUGGGAGUUCUUCUGCUGGGUGGCGUGCCGCCCCGGCGGCGAGUUCGCGCACAACCGCCACACCGUGGCCAGGAUGGUCACCAUCCUGGCCCGCGCCGGCCGCGUCGAGCUUGUGGAGCGCCUGCUCGCCAAGGUGCGCGCCGACGGCAUCAUCCUCCCGUUUGCCACCGUGCGGCUAACCAUCGACUUCUACGGGCUAUCCAAGAAGGCCGACGCGGCGGUGCGGGUGUUCCGGGAGGCUGCCUCUAUCUGCGGCCCUGUGUCGCGGCCCAACCUGGCGCUGCUCUGCUCGUCGCUGCUGAGGACGUUGGCGAAAUGCGGUCGUGGGCGCGACGCCACGGAGCUCCUGGAGGAGAUGAUGACGCGCGGCGUGCUCCCGGACCUGCAAAUGUUCUCGGGGCUGAUGGAACACCUGGCCGGCGCGGGCGACAUGAAGGGCGUGCACAGGCUGUUCGGGAUGGUGCGGCAGUGCGAGCUGCGGCCCGACGGGUACAUGUACGCGGUGCUGAUCAGGGCUUACUGCAAGCAGGAGCGGGCGGCGCUCGCGCUGAGGCUGUUCGACGAAAUGCGCAGCGCCGGGAUCGUUCCGGACUCGCCCACCAUGGAGCUGCUGGUGAAGAGCCUGUGGCGGGAGGGCAAGCUCCGGGAGGUGGCGCUGGUUGAGGAGAGGUGCGAGGAGAUGGUGGCAGCCGGCAGCCUCCCAGGGGCAGCGCCGGGCCACGUGUGGACAGCGAGCGCUGCGGACCUGAACAAGGUGUAUGAGAUCUACUCCGGCUGCUUCAGGCAGCCUGCUUCUGCAGCAAAGCACGUGACGGCGGAUGGAGCCAUGGUUUGAUGCUGCUUCACUUGGGAAGUCAGUGUGAUUGCAGCACAGCUGAAGAGGAAGCAUGUCAGCCCUGCAUCGAGGGAUGAUUAGUUCUGCGUUGAAGUAGAAUUGCCAUGGGAAGACACCAAUUCUAAUUUCUG